AUAGUUAAAGUUGGACACGCAAAUCCAGAGUUUAACUUUUUUUAGGGCGGAGGGAGUAUAUAUGGGGCAAUCUAGUUCUCUUCUCCCCUCAAUCAAACGAGCCAGAGGUAGGUCGGGAGACCACUCUACAGUCUACCCUCCAGUGCCUCCACAGUACAAACUAGCCAGAAAAAUUCAAAGCCACCAUGAAGAAGACCAUGGUUCUCUACCCCGGCCUCUCCGUCAGCCACUUCCUCCCCAUGAUGCAGUUCGCCGACGAGCUCAUCGACCGCGGCUACGCCAUCACCGUCGCACUCAUCGACCCCGUCUUCCAGCAGCACAUCGCCUUCCCUGCCACCGUCGACCGUGCCAUCUCAUCCAAGCCCGCCAUACGCUUCCACAGGCUCCCACGCGUCGAGCUCCCUCCGGCCAUCACCACCAAAGACAACGACUUCUCCCUCCUCGGGUACUUGGACCUCGUGAGGCGACACAAUGAGUGCCUCCAUGACUUCCUGUGCUCCAUGCCUCCCGGUGGUGCACACGCCCUCGUCGUGGACCCUCUGUCCGUAGAAGCCCUCGACGUUGCCAAGAGGCUCAACGUUCCCGGCUACGUCUUCCACCCAGGGAACGCCAGCGCCUUCGCCAUCCACCUCCAGCUUCCAUUGAUCCGUGCAGAGGGUCAGCCAAGCUUCAGGGAGCUAGGAGACACCCCUCUCGAGCUCCCUGGCCUCCCACCCAUUCCGGUUUCUUACCUCUAUGAGGAACUUCUCGAGGACCCGGAGAGCGAAGUGUACAAGGCCAUCGUGGAUUUGUUUCACAGGGAUAUUCAAGACUCCAAUGGCUUCCUGAUGAACACGUUCGAGUCGCUCGAGGCACGGGUGGUGAACGCGCUCAGGGACGCGCGCCGUCACGGCGACCCGGCGGCGUUGCCGCCGUUCUACUGCGUCGGGCCAUUGAUCGAGAAGGCCGGCGAGAGGAGAGAGACAGCCGAGAGGCACGAGUGCCUCGCAUGGCUCGACCGGCAACCGGACCGCAGCGUCGUGUUCCUCUGCUUUGGUAGCACCGGCACGGGCAACCACUCCAAAAAGCAGCUCAAGGAGAUUGCCGUCGGGCUAGAGAAAUCCGGCCACCGGUUUCUGUGGGUAGUGCGCGCCCCCAUCGUCGUCAAUAACGAUCCGGAGAAACCAUACGACCCUCGGGCCGAUCCGGACCUCGAAGCGCUCCUCCCGGCGGGGUUCUUGGAGCGAACCAGUGGCCAGGGCGCCGUAGUCAAGCAAUGGGCGCCGCAGGUGGACGUGCUCCAUCACCGGGCGACUGGCGCGUUCGUGACGCACUCUGGAUGGAACUCGGUGCUGGAGGGGAUCACCGCGGGUGUGCCAAUGCUGUGCUGGCCGCUCUACUCUGAGCAGAAGAUGAACAAGGUUCUCAUGGUGGAGGACAUGGGCAUCGCUGUGGAGAUGGUCGGGUGGCAGCAGGGCCUUGUCACGGCAGAGGAGGUCGAGGCCAAGGUGAGGCUGGUCAUGGAAUCCGAGGCAGGCAACCAACUCAGGGCGCGGGUCACGACGCACAAGGAAGCCGCAGCCGUUGCAUGGGGCGACGGCGGAUCGUCGCGCGCGGCGUUUGCCGAGUUCCUGUUGGAUGCAGACAGCCGACAGUCUCACUAGGGCACCUAUGGAUCUGGCACAUCUACCUUCAAUUCAAACAUACUAUGUAUCUUUGUUAUUGUUAUAUGAGUCCGAUAAACUUUAAAAUAAGUAUUUUAUCAUUGACACGUGAUGUGAUAAACCAUGAAUUCACGUAUCAACAUGAUAAAGGCACGGUGGCUUUUAAGUCAGAGGAUCUCAAUCCAACAUCUAUUUGUCUUUUAA